UCCAUCAGUGUUUAGGUUUAAACUCGCCUGCUCCAGCAUAUGUGUGGGAACAGGGUCAUGUAAUCUUGGCGAGACGAUAUAUGACCCAGGGCAUACAGGCAACUCAGGGCAGGAUGCCAGUCAGUAAGAAGUGUUGAGUGAAGCUCAUCUCAUCCUGGAGCUCGCGAGUGUUCUCCUAAUAUCACUACACGGUGUCCUGAGCUGUCUCAGGAGACGCUGAUAAACCAAACGCCAUGGUGGAAGGACCGGGCUGCGCCUUGAAUGGCGAAAAAAUCCGCGCCAGAGUUCCGAAGGGGCAGAAAGUGUUAGAGAUACGUGGAAGCAGACAGGAUUUCCAGUGCCUCACUGGGAGCGAGUACACGGGAGUGCAGACGCUCGGGAAGGAACUGUUCAUGUAUUUUGGUAGCAGGGCUUUAAGACUGCAUUUUGGGAUGAAUGGGUCCAUUCGUAUAAAUCCCGCGGAGAGGCAUGAUCCAGGGGAGAAACCGCCCGCUCUGUCGAUUCGACUCACCAAGCAUGCAAUCUGUUUCUUUGACUCCACUGUGGAAAUGCGGCUGUCAGAGGACUGUGAGGAGAAGGUGCAGAUCAUGGCAGGUUUGGACGUGUGUUCUCCAGUUUUCAGCCAGUCUCGUGCUGUGGAAGCAGUCUGUAGGGAUACCAGGCACAUGUUGUGUGAUGUACUGCUAGACCAGGCUAUUCUGCCCGGCGUCGGGAACAUCAUCAAAAAUGAAGCACUCCUCAACAGCAGUCUCCAUCCUGCUGUCAAGGUGAAUCAACUGAGAGCAGAGCAUGUUCAGCAUCUGGUGAAGAUGGCAAGGGAUUUCUCACUGCUAUUUUAUCAGUGUAAGAAGAGAGGCUGCCCGCUGUACUGCCACUGUAAGGUGUACAAACGGUCCGUCUGUGGACAGUGCGAUGGAGCUGUCACCGUCUGUCGCCUAGGUGAUCACAGCAGGAUGACGUACUUCUGCCAGCACUGCCAGACUUUAGAUCCAGGUGAAGUUGACAUCAGUAAACUCCAGGGUCAGAGCGCCAUGCUGGGAUGGGCACAUCAGAGGGACGUGGGUGGCCGCGGACACAUCGCCACAAAGGAGGAAGAAGAGUGGACAUGUGACCUUUGCACUCUGAUUAAUCGACCAAUCAGCAGGUCUUGUGAGGCUUGUCUGACCCCUCGACCUGAGAGUCCUGGAGGGUCCAGAGGGGUUUUGCCCUUCCCCAGUGCCCUGAUCCGUUACCCGAGCAACAGCUUUUCCUGCCCCAAGCAGGAACUGAGGCUCCACUGCAGAGCAGCAUUUGGAAAUACCACCCUGGUCCUGACAGACCUGAGCUGUGAACGCGGCCCAACUGAAGCUCCUAGUCCUGCCAGCAACCGACCGAGGAGCCCCCUAGUGGCAGGGGGAGGUGCCAGCAUGCAGCCAGGGAUGCAGCCCACGACGUCUCAGCUCGCCAGACGAGCCUCCCCUGUGUCUCCCAGCCAGCCCAGCAAGAGAAGAAAAACCGAGCCUGGAGAUUUUCGUGUAGGAAUCGUGCCAAACAGUAUCCAGCACUCUUCGAGGAAUGGCAUCCAGGGCCACACUACAGUACCCACAACCCCCUGCUGCACAGCCCAUGGGCGACCCAGCCUCCUGAGGGUAGUCGCUAAGGCUGGAGAGAACCAGGGCAGACAUUUCUACACCUGCUCUCUGCCCAGAGGAACCCAAUGUAACUUCUUCAAGUGGGCAGACCUGCACUUCCCCAAGUGUCACCAUGGCAAGCACACCCUGAUGAGAACGGUCCUGAAACUGGGACCAAAUAAUGGGCGUAACUUUUACGUGUGUCCCCUGAAACGGGGCAAGCAGUGUGACUUCUUCCAGUGGGCGGGGAAUGGCCCCAACAACAACCCUCCCCUUCAGAGUCCAACCAAUCAGCUGCUUACAUGAAAAAAAACUGAUUUGAAUGUUGCACA